AUGUCUAACGGCAAGGAACCUUGGACAUACGGGAAGAUCGGUAGACGAUUUGCAGAAAGAACCUCUAUGCAAGGAAUUCCAUAUAUUCUUCACUCCAAAACCAGAUAUGCUAAAGUAGCAUGGACUUUUAUCUUCAUGAUUGGGACAGGUGCAAUGAUCUUUCACCUGUACUACCUGUCAAAUAUAUAUUUCCAGUUUCCAAAGAAGACGAGCGUUACUCUUGGUUUCGAGUCUUUGUCAUUUCCAGCAGUUACGUUUUGUAACGUAAAUCCAAUGAAAAGAAGUCAGAGAAAUUUAGCUAGUGCAGAGCUUCAACAAAUACUGGAAGCAGUUAAACCAUCAAACGUGGCUGAUUUAUAUAAGCACUACCUGAUACGCAAGAGAUUAAAGAUGGGGCAUGACAUAGAAGACAUGUUAGUUAAAUGUUCUUUUGCUGGAAGAACAUGCCACCCAGAGAAUUUCACGCAAAUAACAAAUUCCAAUUACGGAAAUUGUUAUACAUUACAAACAUCUGUAUUUAAAAGUCGUCGUAGUGGACCAGAUCAAGGUCUGGAAUUGAUGUUUUAUUUGGAGAAUAACGAGUAUAUUCGAGGUAUAACCAAUGGUAAUGGGGCACAAGUAUUGAUUCAUGAUCGCGAUGUGAUGCCCCAUCCUUAUGAUCAAGGCAUAGCAGUUUCGUCAGCAACAGAAACUAUGAUAGGUCUUAAUUUGAAAAGUAUUACAAUAGCUUAA